GUAGCACCAGCGUCCAUGGCACCCAAGGCGGAGAAGAAGCCGGUGGCGACGGAGAAGGCCCCGGCGGGCAAGAAGCCCAAGGCCGAGAAGCGGCCGCCGGCGUCCAAGGAGGGCAGUGAGAAGAAGGGCAAGAAGAAGGCCAAGAAAAGCGUGGAGACGUACAAUAUCUACAUCUUCAAGGUGCUCAAGCAGGUGCACCCGGACAUCGGCAUCUCCUCCAAGGCCAUGUCCAUCAUGAACUCUUUCAUCAACGACAUCUUCGAGAAGCUCGCCGGCGAGUCCGCCAAGCUCGCGCGCUACAACAAGAAGCCCACCAUCACCUCCCGGGAGAUCCAGACCUCCGUCCGCCUCGUCCUCCCUGGCGAGCUCGCUAAGCACGCCGUGUCCGAGGGCACCAAAGCCGUCACCAAGUUCACCUCCUCCUAGAUUUCAUCCUUGUAU